GGCUGUGCUUCAGUCUGAUCAGACAGUCGGCAGCAGGAAAACAUGGAGGUCACAGCUCUCUGCAUCAGACUGUUGGUGAACGUGUUGACACUGCUGGUUGCAGUUCACCUUAGUUAUACCCAGGAAAAUGCUUUUCCUGUGAUUGUUCUGACCCGGCUGCAGAUCUUCGAGUACAGCUCCAUCGCUUUUUCAUGCAAGGGUUUUAAAGCCACAGCUGGAUGGACCGUAAUGAGAAAGGUGAAGGGAAAUGUCAGCGAGUGUGUUAGUACCUGGGUCGGAGCAACAGAAUUCCCCUGCGCCAUCAAACCUGCUUACUCGACAGACAGCGGAGAAUACUGGUGUGAGACCGGAGAAGAGAGAAGCAACAUCGUCAACAUCACUAUCACUCUCGGAGAUGUGAUCCUGGAGAGUCCAGCUCUCCCUGUGCUGGAGGGGAAGACUGAGACUCUGCGCUGUAGAAGUAAAAGGACCUCUUCAGCCCACAUAGCCGAUUUCUAUAAAGAUGGCUUCCUCAUUGGCUCCGGCUCCACAGGAGAGAUGACCAUCCAGCGUGUUUCUAAAGCUGAUGAAGGAUUUUACAAGUGCAGCAUCUCUGACUUUGGAGAGUCAGCAGAGAGCUGGCUGGCUGUCAGAGCACGUCACAGAGAGACAUAUUCAUCUUCAGAACUCUCCUGUCAUCCGUACCUCAUCUUAAGGACUGUUUCCACCAUUUUGAUGGUGGUUCUGCUGCUGCUGCUGGUUGGACUGCUCCACUGUGGGAAACUCAGAGUUACACCAACAUAUGUAUGUAUAUGUAAAGUGUGCAAAGGUAAAUGCCAAACCGAUCCGGACAAUAGCGUGAAAGAAGAGUUGACUGAAGGCAACUCUGAUACUUAAGUUCUCCGUCCUGUAGAAGAUUAGAAACUGCUUUCAUUUACGUGCCUACCUGCUUUAACUCACCAUUACCUUAACGUUGUAUAGCUUCAGCUUAAAGUUGUUGAACCAAUUGCUUGUGUACAGCCUUCAUUUGAUUAAAUUACUAGUGCAUUUA